AUGUUAGUGUUAUUAUUAGCUAGAAAAUAUAACAAAAUGUAUAGUGAAGUGUGCAUACAAAGGACACUGAUCGCGUUCUUCCUACUAGCCGUGACGAAUGCGCCGUCGGCGACGCAAAACACAGUUAUUUCAGGGGUGGUAACAUCGCCAGUAGCCGCGACGGUGACGCGGGUGCCCGCCAUCGUCGGUGGCGAGGCAGACAUGCCCUGUGACAUCAGACCACCAAUGCACAACGACAGUCUACUUCUCGUAGUCUGGUACCGAGAUGAUAAUCCUGUGUACAGUUACGACACUCGAGUGCCAGGACCAUCAGCGCAUUGGGUGGACGAGGCCUAUAUUGGUCGAGCCCACUGGCACAGCGCGCCCAGUGCUGGUCUCAAGAUGCUGGAGAUCAAAGGAAGAGAUCGCGCCAUCUACAGAUGUCGUGUGGACUUCCACGUGUCUCCCACCAGGAACUAUAAGAUCGCACUUGAUGUUAUCGAACUUCCAAGUAAACCUGUCAUCUUCGACGAGUACGGGAAAGAAAUAUCAGGAACUGCGGGUCCCUACCACGAAGGAGGAGAAUUCAAGCUGAUAUGCUCCGUUAAAGGAGGUUACCCGACGCCUCGGAUUCAGUGGCUUCAUGAUGAUACAGUGUUAGCUACGUUGAGUGCUGGAGACUAUUCGCCUCCUACAAGGUCUUUGACCUUGGUCAUCAGAAAUGCAACGAGGGCGCAUUUAGCAGCCCUGUAUACUUGCACUGCUGAUAAUACGUUAUUAGCUGCGCCACAGAAGACUACUGUGAAGAUUGAUUUGUUUUUAAAACCACUAGGAGUAGAAAUAAUUUCGAGGGAGCAGCCUCUGUCUGUCGGUAGGAAGUCAGAGCUGUGGUGUAAGACGAUGGGGGCGAGACCUCCAGCCACCAUCACAUGGUGGCUUGGUGGCAAAAAACUUGAAGCCAUCACUAAAGAUUCGGGUGUUGCGGAAGCGAACGAGACCGAAUCGUUACUACAAUGGAUGCCAUCAAAAGACCAUAAUGGUCAAGUUCUUACGUGCAGAGCGGAACAUCCAAACUUCAACCAUUCUAGCAUUGAAAGCAAACUGCAGUUGAAUGUGUAUUAUAUGCCAGAAGCAAAGAUUCACCUUGGGGCUAAGAUGAACCCGAAUGACAUUGAGGAGGGUGAUGACGUGUACUUCGGCUGUAAGGUGGAUGCCAAUCCGCCUGCCUACAAAGUUGUUUGGGAACAUAAUGGUGUUCUACUGCAACACAAUCCUGCGAACGGUGUUAUACUGACGGGAAACACCAACCUGGCACUACGGAACGUGUCCAGACUUCAAGCAGGGCGCUAUACGUGUACCGCUUCCAACGUCGAAGGGGACGGCAAGUCGCCAUAUUUGCAUAUGCAAGUUGUUUAUAGACCAUUAUGCCAAAGAAAAGAGAUGAAGAUAAUAGGAGCAGCUUUACAAGAACCUACAACAGUCACGUGUGAAGUCGAUGCCUUUCCACCACCAGAUACCUUCGAGUGGACCCUCAACAACUCGGCGGGUUCCAUCAAAGUUGAUCCUGAUCGGUUCACAGUAGAAGGAAAGGAGGGCAAGUCUCUACUGACGUAUACACCGGUGUCCGAUGUCGACUACGGGACGUUAUCGUGUCGAGCAACGAACUUGGCUGGACAGCAAGUGACGCCGUGUGUUUACACACUGCUGCCGGCGACGAGGCCGGAUCCGCCCACCAAUUGUACUGUGUACAACCUGACUGAUGAUUCGCUGGAUCUUAUGUGUUUACCAGGUUACGAAGGUGGUCUCCAAUGCGUCUACGUGGUCGAAGUAUGGGCUGCGGAAGGUUUAGUAGUCAACGCGAGCAAUGGCGGUGCAUUAUGGAAUCUAAGAAGACUUGGAGCUAACAGGCAGCUGAGGUUGAUUGUGUACGCAGCUAAUGCACGAGGACGAUCAGAACAUGUUGCCUUUCCUGUUGAAACUGCAGUCAGAUUGGCUCCGAGGACUGAACCACAAGAAGCAUGGGAAGUGAAUUGGGCAGUCGGCGUGUUUCUCGGUGCUGCGUUGACCAUCGCUUUUGUUCUAUGCCUUGCUCUCAUCGCAACAAAAGUACGACAGAGAUCACGGGAUUAUGAAGUAACUCUUCCAUCAAUAAAGAACCAGAAAGUGAUCGUGCAGAAGAGGAAUUCUCUUCAAAAUGCUGAUGACAAGAACCCUGAUCUUAUUCCGUUAAGCAAAGGUGUUACAGAGGCUACACCCGAUCCUCCCUUGUACUCUGCAAUUGCUCAACCAAAAAAUUCAAACAGCGCGCACAGCUUGCAACGUACACAGACGCCGGUGACGCCAAUCUCAUCACACGCACACUAUACUGAUAUGCAGAAUGAUUCCGGUCGAGGUAUGAUCAACGGUGCAAUGAGGUCACAUCGAGAAAUUGUCACCACAAGGACACCGUUGUUAGCGGCGCAUCAAGAAAGCUGUGUAUAA